UUAUGUCUGCCAACACACAAAACUAUGUGUCCACUCACAGACAGCAGAUCAGCAGUACCAGGAAGCUUUCAACGACGAGCUAGAGUCGUUCAAGGAGCGAGUUCGGGGCAGGGCAAAGAUCCGCAUCGAAAAGGCAAUGAAAGAGUAUGAGGAAGAGGAGCGGAAGAAACGCAUGGGACCUGGAGGGCUAGAUCCUGUGGAGGUGUACGAGUCACUGCCAGUUGAGAUGCAGAAAUGCUUUGAUGAUAAGGACAUCCAAAUGUUACAAGAGGCUAUUAGCAAAAUGGACCCAACGGAGGCGAAGGUUCAAAUGAAGAGGUGCAUAGAGUCCGGGCUCUGGGUCCCUAACUCCAAGACGGAUGAUGGGGAUGAAAAAGAGGAGGAUCCUACCUAUGAAGAGGUGAAACAGGAGCUGGAAGAAACUAAGAAGGAAUGACCAACAAUGAUUCUAUGAUGUGCUGUUUUUUCAAAUGUACUUACCCACUGUAUUGCGGCUCCACUUUGUGUAUGACUAGUUGUCCAAUCAUGAAAUAAUGAAUUUGCUUUUUAAAAAAAUAUUAAGCUGAGACUAGCAUUCACCUAUCUGAACAACAACAUUGCAUUAGUAACUCCUGCUUGGAAAAGAAAGUGCUGCUUGUGUUUAGACAUAAUCUGUGUUAUUACAUUUAUUUGUGUACACCUAUCAAUUUGUGAGUGCCUGCCUGCUUCAUUUGUGCUGUAUAGUUGAAAACCGUUCUAUACAUAUUCAGGUUGUGCACUUAAUGAUGGAUGUUUUUGUUUUUUUUGUCAUUUACACAUUUAAUGUUUUUUGUUAGACUUUCAGGGCUCAAGCAACCAUGUAUUCAGAUGGUUAUUUCCCCAAAAGUGACAUUUUCUACAAACUUGCUUAACUAAAGGUUGAAUUAUAUCCCAAAGCUCAA